AUGACGAAUCCCAUCGAUAACCCGUGCGAAGACGAGCCCCAGGCCUUGCCAUUCAGGACUGGAGGCUCCUUGGCUCGCAUCGAAGAAUACACCAUCUUCUACUUCUUGGCCAUCUGUUCAUGGGGCCUGGAGAUCGUUGCAGCAUGCUUAGGAUCUCUCUAUGGGGGCGAAAGCCAUCCGUUCAUCGGCACCGUUACACCAUUUCUUGCUCUGCACUGGAUGGCGUUCCUCCAAACCUGCUGGAUGAUGGCAACGGCUCCGCGCAACACUAUUGCCGACCGAAUGGCGUACCUCAAUCUGGCUUGUAGAUUUCAAAGACUCUGUGCGCCUACUGCGGUGAUUGGCAUGGUUACCUGGGCGGUCGCAUAUCGUUUCCGUGGCAAGGCCUCCAGUUCAGCGUACUGGAUUAUCUUCUUGGUCGUCUGGAUCUCCGAAACAGUCGUCUGCAUUAUGAAUGUUUACAACAACAUCAGCUGGGAGAGCGAUCUGCUAUACCAACUCGCUCCCGACGAGCCGCAGGGAAAUUUCUGGCUUGCAGUCUUGGGCUUGAGGUCCAUGUGCCGCGUGAAGCACAAGCAUCGCGAAAACACGGAAAUGGAGCUGAAGGAAACUGCAAGCAAAAGAGUGUAA